AAACUCAAAAAACUAAAGAAGAAGAAGAAGAAUCCUCAAAUGGCAGACCAACCCCAGAUUUAUGAACUCAACAAUGGAACCAUGGUUGUUAAAAUCACCAACUUUGGCUGCACUAUCACCUCAUUGUCUGUUCCCGACAAAAACGGUGAAUUAGCCGAUGUCGUCCUGGGAUUCGACACCGUCGAACAGUACCUGCAAGGCGAUGCACCUUAUUUUGGCUGCAUUGUGGGAAGAGUAGCAAACAGGAUUAAAAAUGGCAAAUUUACUCACAAUGGAACUGAGUACUCUUUGCCAAUCAACAACCCUCCAAACAGUCUCCACGGUGGAUUCAAGGGGUUUGACAAGAGAAUAUGGGAGGUGGUAGAAUAUACGAAAGGCGACAACCCCUACAUUACUUUCAAAUAUUCCAGCAGCGAUGGCGAGGAGGGUUAUCCGGGUGAUGUUUCUGUGACUGCAACCUACACUCUAACUUCGAGCACAACGCUGAAGCUCGAAAUGGAAGCGGUGCCCAAGGAUAAGGCCACUCCGAUUAACUUGGCUCAACACACGUAUUGGAACUUAGCAGGCCACAACUCGGGGAACAUACUCGACCAUACCAUACAGAUAUGGGCAUCAGAUAUCACUCCUGUGGACGAGAACCUGAUUCCAACCGGUGAAAUCAAGCCGGUCAAAGGGACUCCUUUCGACUUCACUGCCGAGAAGAAGGUCGGUCUCUCGAUCAAUGAGGUAGGUUUGGGUUAUGACCAUAACUACGUUCUCAGCGGUGGGGAAGAACGGUCAGGUUUGAAACGCGCCGCCAAAUUGAAGAGUCAUUCGAGCUCGAGGGUACUUAACUUGUGGACCAAUGCCCCCGGGAUGCAAUUUUAUACCGGUAAUUAUGUGAAUGAAGUCGUCGGUAAAGGUGGUGCCGUUUACAAUAAGCACGCCGCCUUAUGCUUGGAAACGCAGGGAUUUCCGAAUGCCGUAAACCAACCGAACUUCCCAUCGGUUGUUGUUCAACCCGGUAGCAAGUACCGGCACACCAUGUUGUUCGAGUUUUCGACCGAGUGAGUUUGUGAAGUCUUUCGAGUUUAGAUAUCAGAAUAAGUUUAGUGUUGGUUUGCCUAGUUUCAGGUUUUGCAAGAAUAUGGGUUCCUUUUAGUUCCUCAUGGACUGUUAAGGCUCAUACUGUAUAAGGCAAAAUCCCUCUAGUUUUGAUUUUAUGUUGAAGUUAUGUUUCUACUCCGCUUUUUCC